CCGCGCGCGCGAAAUCGAAACCUCCUCGUAUCUACUUUCAAGUUCCCGCCAUUGCUACCCUAUUGCACAUGUACAUCACUGCACCGUUGACUCAGCGAGGCAGAGAGCAGCCUCCACCAACCAGAAGACGCCGCCGCCUACCGCGCUCUGCCGGCUGCCCAAACCCGUCAGUCCGCCAAACGCCGCCCGCCCGCCUGCUGCACUGCCGCAGUGCCGCACCGACACGUCGUAUAAAUCCCCAAAUACCCGUCACUAUUCAUCAAGUCCAGUCGGAAAUGGAUCUCUUUGCCAAAAAGCUCGGCCUCUCUGAGAACAAGAUGCUCAUCCGUAAAGCUGCUGAGCUCCGACGUCAGGCCGAUAUCCAAUUCGAUUCAUCCGUUAUCGGCGUUGGUGAAGUAUGCAAAGCGAUCAUCUGCCUUGAAAUCGCCGCUUCUGGGAUGGGUGUGAUAUUUGAUCGGCAGGCUGCAAUCAAGUUGAGUGGAAUGACAGAAAAGGCUUACAAUAGAUCAUUCAAUUCAUUGCAGAGCGGCAUUGGAGUCAAGAGUAAGCUCGAUAUUCGCGAAUUGGCAAUUCAGUUUGGGUGCAUUAGGCUGAUACCUAUAGUUCAGAAAGGUCUAGCACUAUACAAAGACCGAUUUGUUACUUCACUGCCGCCUUCGCGUAGGCUAAGUGCAGAUUUCUCUAGGCCUGUCUUUACUGCUGUAGCAUUUUAUUUGAGUGCCAAAAAGCACAAGUUGAAGGUGGACAAGGUUAAGUUAAUUGAGAUCUGUGGUACUUCAGAUUCUGAAUUUGCAAGUGUUUCUACAUCCAUGAAGGACUUGUGCUUUGAUGUUUUUGGGAUAUCAAAGGAAAAGAAAGAUGCCAAAGAAAUCCAAGGCAACCGAGAGCUGCUUGAUGCUUUGCCUGAGAAGAGAAGGAUAGAGGAUGGUGGCUAUUCAUCUGACGAGGAUCAGUCUUGCUACAAGAGGCAAAAACUAAUGCACAAACAAGAAUAUGAGAAGUGGAAAUCUACGGUUGUGAACUCCAACCAUCCCUGCAAAUCUAAAGCUCCGUUGAAGCGCACCAAACAAGCCCGGCUAAACUUCCCGAAAAAGGUUUCAGAAACAGAAGUAGACGUGGCAUGACACACACGCAACAUGCUUGUAGGAAUUGUCAAAUGGAAUCAAAAUAUUUUGUGUUGAAGUAUAACAUGGUAGAGUAAUUUUAAAGAUUAAUCGAACAAAUUAAACUAGUUAAGGAAAGAAUAAAAUAUUCUCCACUAAAUCAUGGAGGGGAAAAGCACAUAUAUAAAGGCCUAAAGGGUAGCCUCUUGGAGGAUGCUUAUAUAACUUAAAGCUUUGGUGAAUUCAGCCAACCCUGGACCCUAAUAUAGAAACGGUUUGCUUAUCUUUGGAUUGUUAUUUCUG